AUGAAGCUCACCUGGGACAUCAACGACCCCAAGCUGCCGCAGGAGCCCGAGCGCUUCGAUGCCUUCCAGGAAUGGCCGGACGGCUACGUGCGCCUCAUCUACUCCAGCGAGGAGAAGAACGCGCAGCGGCACCUGAGCGGCUGGGCCAUGCGCAACACCAACAACCACAACUGCCAGAUCCUGAAAAAGUCCUGCCUGGGUGUGGUGGUGUGUGCAGGGAGCUGUGCCCUGCCCGGCGGGGCCAGGCUGCAGCUGCGGCCCGCCAUCUGCGACAAGGCGCGGCAGAAGCAGCAAAAGAAAGCCUGUCCGAACUGCAAUGCAGCCCUGCAGCUCAUCCCUUGCCGCGGGCACAGUGGCUAUCCUGUCACCAACUUCUGGAGACUGGAUGGCAAAGCAAUAUUUUUCCAGGCUAAAGGAGUCCAUGACCACCCUAGACCAGAGAGUAAAUUGGAGGCAGAGGCAAGACGAAGUGCAAUUAAGAAGCAUAUGUUGUCUUCUCAGAAUUCCCAGAAAAAGAGACUUCUAAACUCAGAGGCUGGAAGAUACCAUGAUAGCAGUGGUUAUGUCAGUAACAUGCAAAAUCUGCCCUCCAUAGAUGUCCCAGAAAGAGUCAGCAUCGUCACAGACACCAGUUUUUCAAUUCCAGCUCAGUCUUACCCUUUGCCGCAAAAUACCGACCUCUACAAGAUGUCUUAUGACUCGGCCAGCUUCCAAGAGGACCAGCUGUUGCCAUACCAGAAGUGCCCCAAUCCGAGGAUCUUUGUGCCCAGGCCAUGUAGUUACGAGUUUGGAGUUCCUCCCUUCAUUAGCUCCAGCCCUUACCCAUCAUGUUAUAAAGAUCCAGCAAAUCCUCCCCUCGAUGCAGACCCUAUCAGUUUGAAUGGAUCUCACUAUAAUUCCUUGACCAGCAUUGACAAGAGCUUUGACCAUACUGGUAGGCAUUAUGGACUGAAACCAAUCUGGGGGAAAACUGGUAGUGGAGACAGGAGCGACUAUGGUCAGAUGCAAACAAACACUAACCACCCUUAUUAUGGUGGUGAGUACUCCGGCAAAUACGGUCCCAGCCCCUCUCCCAUGGCCCCACCGCUACAGACUGUCAUCACAACCACCACAAAAGUGUCCUACCAGGCCUACAAGCCAUCCAUGCUGAAAUACAGCGACAACCUCUGCGACAUGAAAAACCUUCAGAGCUAUACACAUGUGGCUGAAAAUGUCUCAGGCACUAUCUAUUCAGGGAUGAAGAUUCAGGAAGACUUUGGGAUGAUCAAGUCGGCAUUGCUCUACCAGCAUGACCCAAUCACCACAAAGUCUGAACCAGUGGAGAGCGUGGAGGCCUAUCGGUACGGGAUACCACUGGGGAACAGCUAUGCUGAGCAUGAAGGACAAGCCUUAAGGUUUGAGAGUAGUGAAUAUUGA